UCUGCCAAGAGAGGGAGGCGCAAGACGGGAUGUUGACCCAUUUUAGGCUCCUUCUCUCUCCUCCUCGCGAUGAAACACGAAACCGGCUUCAUUCCAGCCAAGUCUGUCCCUCGGGCUCCCGGUUCCUCCAGCGCCAACACCGCCGUCCAUUGCGCCGCUCCAUUUGACUUUUACAGACCAAAACAAUUUUCUGCCAGGAGCCCGUGGACCGUUCGUUUACACGACGCGCAUUUUAUGAUUUCCCCAGCUCUGCUUCGGAUUUGGCUCUUUAAAAGUCACUUUGAGAGCGAAUUCCGCAGCGCUGACAGACAGCAUCUCCCAUCUGAGCUGCGGCAUCCUGACCGGGAUGCGGAGCGUCUGAGCACCGGAGACGGCGGAGCAUCGCCCGCAUCCUUGUCGCGUUUCGGUCCCUGGGAUGUAACAGGCUCUUAACGCCGGCCUGUGCGCGUUUCUCGCUCUUUUUUCGCCCACCAGGGAAUUAACGCCUCGCUUUUUCCUCCUCAAAGACGAGUUAUGGCGAGUUUUCUCUUCAACGCGCGUCUCGUCCUGCUCGCGUGCGGAUUAUUGUCGCUCUGCUGUCCAGCUGCGCGAGGAGCCGAGCCGGAGCUGCAGGAGGAGGAGGAGGAGGAGAGCUCGUGUCAGGGCGAGUUUGACCUCUAUUUCGUGCUCGAUAAAUCUGGCAGCGUGACGAAUCACUGGGAUGAAAUCUACUACUUUGUGGAGAAUUUAGCAGAGAAAUUCAAAAGCCCCAUGCUGAGAAUGUCCUUCAUAACCUUCUCCUCCAGAGCAUCCACCAUCAUGAAGCUGACAGAAAACAGGGUGGACAUCAGAAAGGGUCUGAAUGCUCUGAAGAGAGAGAUUCCCGGCGGGGACACAUUCAUGCAUCUUGGGCUGCAGAGGGCAAAUGAGCAGAUCCAGAAGGAGAACUUCGGUCCGGCCAGCGUGAUCAUCGCACUGACGGACGGAGAGCUGCAGGAGCAUCAGCUGAUCACUGCACAGCAGGAGGCGGAGACAGCGCGGUCUCUGGGGGCCAUUGUCUACUGUGUUGGUGUCAAAGACUUCAAUGAGACACAGCUGGCCACCAUCGCAGACACCAUCGACCACGUGUUUCCUGUGCUGGGAGGCUUCCACGCCCUGCGAGGAGUCAUCGACUCGAUCAUCAAGAAGUCCUGCAUUGAAAUUCUGGCAGCUGAGCCCUCCAGUGUGUGUGCAGGAGAGUCUUUCCAAGUGGUGGUGAGAGGCAACGGGUUCCUCCACGCUAGAAACAUCCACCAGGUCCUCUGCAGCUUCAAGAUCAACGACACCGUCACAGUCAAUGAAAAGCCGGCCGGAGUGGAAAACACCUUCUUACUGUGUCCAGCUCCUGUCAUCGGUGAAAUUGGGAAGGUGAUUUAUCUCCAAGUGAGCAUGAAUGACGGUCUGUCUUUCAUCAGCAGCAACGUGCACAUCACCACCACGGAGUGUUUCGAUGGCACCAUCCUCCUCAUCACCCUGCUGGCCUUGUUCCUGCUGCUGGCGCUGCUCUUCAUGUGGUGGUUCUGGCCUCUCUGCUGCACCGUGGUGAUCAAAGAGCCGCCUCCUCCACCUCCUCCUGAGCCCGAGUCGGAUGAUGAGGACGGCCUGCCGAAGAAAAAGUGGCCCACCGUGGACGCCUCCUACUAUGGAGGACGAGGGAUCGGCGGAAUCAAGAGGAUGGAGGUGCGCUGGGGGGGCAAGGGCUCCACCGAGGAGGGGGCCAAGCUGGAGAAGCCCAAGAACGCGGUGGUGAAGAUGCCGGAGCAGGAGUACGAGCCCUUCGAGCCCAAACCCAAGAAGCCCCAGAACAAGAAGCAGCCUCAGAACCGGAAGUGGUACACGCCCAUCCGGGGCAAACUGGACGCUAUCUGGGCCCUGUUUCGCCGCGGGUACGACCAGGUCUCCCUGAUGAGGCCUCAGCCCGGGGAUCAUGGUCGAUGCAUCAACUUCACGCGGGUGAAGGACGAGUCGGCGGCGGCCAAGGCUCGUCCCCGCGGCCCGAUCCACGCGCCCGCCGCCCCGCCGCCGCCCCCCGACUACCACCCGAUGCCCCGCAUCCCCCCCGCGUCCCCCCCCGCCGCCGGCCCCGCCCCCAGGCCGCCCCCGUCGGGCCAGGCGCCCCUCGGUCCCCCGCCGUGCCGCACGCCCCCCGGCCUCGUCUGCCCCCCUCCGUCGCGCCCCCCGCCCAGCCUCCGAUCGUGAACCCCGUGCCCGGACCCCUCCCACCCCCCGGACUCCCCACUUCUACACCACAGAGUCCCUGCUCUGCUAGGCAGCCAUUCCAGGCUGAUGGCUGGGCUCCUCAGUGCCAAACACGCUCCUGCUACAA